AUGUCUAAGGCGAUCUAUAUCUCGCCCAUUGAUGGGAAACCUGGCAAACCUGGCCAGGUAUACUACCCACUCUCGCUCCGCACUCUGCCCCAACCUUCCCCACAAGGCAAAGAGCUGCUGGUGAAGUUGACGGCCGCCUCCCUGAACCACCGCGACCUCUUCCUCCGCCAGCACCUGUACCCCGGUGUGACCUUCGACGUUCCACUGUUGGCUGAUGGGGUGGGUGUCGUCGUCGGCGCGGGCCCCGAUGUAUCCAGCCCUGACCGAUGGCAGGGCAAGCGUGUUAUCCUGAACCCGGGCGUUGGCUGGAAAGAUUCCCCAGAUGGACCUGAGGAGGCGACGGGGUAUCGGAUUAUGGGCGGAACAAAGGUUUACACUAAGGGGACUCUCCAGGAAUAUAUCACCAUUGACGAGGCGGAAGUGGAGGAGGCACCAGAGCAUCUGUCCGACGCUGAAGCAGCAGCUCUACCGCUGACUGGCUUAACAGGAUGGCGGGCCCUGGUAUCAAAGGCUGGUGACAGAAACUCCCAGGAUGGAGCUGCGGUUCUAGUCACCGGUAUCGGUGGUGGUGUUGCAUUGAUGGUCUCGAGCCAAGAAAAGAUCCAGAAGGCCAUUGAGCUAGGAGCCUCUGGCGGUGUGAGCUACAAAGAAGAAGGAUGGGACAAGAAGCUGCUGGGCAUGCUUCCCUCGGGAAAGAAGAACUUCGACGCUAUCAUUGACGGUGCCGGUGGCGAUUCAAUCGAGAAAGCGGCUCGGUUAUUGAAGGCCGGUGGUGUUCUUUCAGUCUACGGUAUGACUGUCUCGCCCAAGAUGCCCUUCACAAUGCAAACGGUUCUCAAGAACAUCGAUGUCCGAGGUUCCACGAUGGGUUCUCGUAAGGAAUUCAAAGAGAUGGUGGAGUUUGUCAACACCCAGAAAAUCCAUCCGGUAGUGUCCCGAAUUUUGAAGACUGACAUUGAGGACCUGGUCGCCAUUGAUGGGCUAUUUGAGGAUAUGAAAGAAGGCAAGCAGUUUGGGAAGCUGGUCAUUGACUUCGGAAAGACCUCCGGAAGUAAGCUGUAA